AUGGCAAAUUCACCAUUUCCAUAUUUCACCUCUGGUACAAUAGUACAUGGUUUUGGUCGUGGUAGCAAAGAACUCGGCUGUCCAACAGCAAAUUUUGAUGAAACUACAGUCGAAAAAUUGCCAUCAUCAAUUCAUCAAGGUGUUUACUAUGGAUGGGCAAAAUUAUUAAAAAAAGGUGAUAAUGAAAUCUAUAAAAUGGUUACUAGUGUAGGAACAAAUCCAUUUUAUAAUGGUGAAAAAAAGACAAUGGAAACACAUAUCUUACAUCAAUUUCCAGAGGAUUUUUAUGAUGAAACAUUAAAAAUUGUUCUUAUAGGUGAAAUACGAAAGAUGACAACAUUUGAAAAUGCAAAUGAACUUGCUGCUGCUAUUCAAAAUGAUAUAUCAACUGCUAGUAACAAACUUGAUUCCGAUGAAUGUGGUCAAUAUCUCAAACAUUCUUUUUUUCAACAGUGA